CGCAUGUCUGGAAGCCUAUCUCUCGCAUACAUAAGAGACGUCUGUAAUAAACACAGAAUUGUUUACAGAGUAGGCAGAUGAAAAUUAAGGGUUAAUCGGAUAGAAAAAUAAAUAGAAGGACUAGCUUAAAUAGUGCUGUCAGGGAUUGAAGACGACAAUGUUGAAAGCGGUUAUUCUAAUUGGUGGACCACAGAAAGGGACACGGUUCCGCCCCCUUUCAUUCGAGGUUCCCAAACCCCUCUUCCCGGUGGCCGGUGUCCCCAUGUUACAACACCACAUUGAGGCCUGUGCGAAGGUGCCCGGGAUGAAGGAAAUAAUACUGCUUGGUUUUUAUCAACCCAACGAGGAACUCAAUCGCUUUCUGAUGACUGUGCAACAGGAGUUAAAAAUCUCAGUCAGGUACCUUCAGGAGUUUGCCGCCCUGGGAACGGCUGGUGGCAUCUAUCACUUUCGGGACCAGAUCCUGUCUGGUGGCCCCUCUGCCUUCUUCCUCAUGAACGCAGACGUCUGCUCGGAGUUCCCCCUGCUGGAGAUGCUGCGUUUCCACGGCAACCAUGGGGAUGCCCACUGCGGCGUUCUCCUGGGGACCACUGCCAAUAGGACACAGUCACUGAAUUAUGGCUGCAUCGUGGAGAACCAGGAGACCAAUGAGGUACUGCAUUAUGUAGAGAAGCCCAGCACUUUUGUGAGUGACAUCAUUAACUGUGGCAUCUACCUGUUCACCCCGGAGAUAUUCGCCCAUAUAGGGACGGUGUUCCAGCACAACCAGCAGGAGCGACUUCAGGAGGAGCAGGCGGUGGGGAGGCAGAGAGAAGAGGUCAUCCACCUGGAGCAGGACAUCUUCACAGCGCUGGCCGGACAGAAGCUGCUGCACGUCUACAAAACACAGCACUUCUGGAGCCAGAUCAAAUCAGCAGGAUCAGCAAUAUAUGCCAGCCGACUGUACCUGAACCAGUACCACCAUACACACCCAGAGAGGCUGGCCAUCAACCAGGAGGGAGGCCCCAAGAUCACUGGGAAUGUAUACAUUCAUCCAACAGCCAACAUUGACCCCACAGCUGUGCUGGGGCCCAAUGUGUCCAUAGGUAAAGGUGUGUGUAUUGGUGCCGGGGUACGAGUCAGAGAAUCCAUCGUCCUUCACGGCGCCACUUUACAGGACCACAGCUGUGUGCUGAACAGCAUUGUGGGAUGGGACAGCACCGUGGGGAAGUGGGCGCGCGUUGAAGGGACGCCCAGCGACCCCAAUCCCAAUGACCCCUACGCCAAGAUUGACAGUGAGACGCUCUUCAGAGAUGGCGGUCUCACUCCGUCCAUCACUAUCCUAGGCUGCAAGGUGAGCAUUCCCUCUGAGGUCAUCAUCCGCAACUCCAUAGUUUUGCCUCACAAGGACCUGAACCGUAGCUUCAAGAACCAAAUCAUCCUCUAGGCAUCUCACAGGGUGCAAGACGCAAGAGGAGUGGAUAUAUAACUUGGUACUCACAAAGAGAAACGUUUGUGAAGACCAUACAAGAGAUUUGAGACACUACAAACUAACAGAAGUGUACAAUUUUAAAGCUAUAUAUUUGGGACAGUUGUUACAUUAACUAAUAAUAUGGGAUGUGUAGUUUUGCACAUAGACUAUGUGUAAAUGUUUUAAUUUUAGAGCUCUUUUGCACUGACAAGCCAAAUCAUUGUGAGCAUGGCUACUCGCCUACUAAAAGAGAACCAUGCUGAGAGCUAUAGAAGUAGUCUGCUGUGUGUUCAUGAUGCAGGCAAUGGCUGAUUGAUUGCCUCAUUCAUUUUCUAAAAGUUGUUUCUUUCUUUCUGCCUUUUUGGUUGCCACUUAGGUCAAAGUAUAGUUAAUGAUAAGCAAGAAAAUCCAAUCCUCAAAAAGGCCAAACGAACAGUUUAGUUAGGGGAGCCAUAGCACAUAAUUAUGCUAGCCUACUUAUGCAUUUAGCUGAAGCUAAUAUAGCUGAUUUGCUGUCACUAAACCUAACGUUUCAUUAUGAUUUUAAGCAGAUCCCUAUAACUGAAAAGACAAGAACCCAUACUAAUUUAUUUGAACUGUCAGAUAACCCAUUUGUAUGAGCUAUAGAGGUGUGACCGCAUGUGGUCUCACUAUUGAAUGCAUGGAGUGUCAGUUAGACUGCAUUAGUGCCCUCCUUUAUGUGCAAGUGCUUUGCUUUUCCAGAGUGAGUGAGGUGAAGCUCUCAAUAUUGGGUAGAAGCAGAACAGAAUGGCUCUCGGUGUUAGAUGAUUAUUGCUAGUUUUGAACUCUGCCACUUCACUCCCAAGGACCUCCGCUAAUUGUGUGACAUUAAUUGGCCACAUUUGCGUAACACUUGGGCUUUAUUCUCGUUGGAGUUUUUUUUUUAUCUUCAUUUCUUUUAAUCAAAGAAAUCAUUGAUUGGCCUUGAAAGGCAACAAGUGCAAAGCAAUCAGGAGGAGGGCUUGGUGUGAGAGAACAAAGAAGCCAGCACUGUGUUAACCCUCCGGAAUCUGUGUGAGUGAAUUUGUGUGUGUGUGUGUGUGUGUGUGUGGUGGGGGGCAUAGUCGUGAUGUGGUGUGUGUGUGUGUGUGUAAUGGGGAGGUGAUGAUGUGGUGUGUGUGUUUGUGUGUGUGUGUGUGUGUGUGUGUGUGUGUGUGUAACACUCUCUUCUAUGUGGUGAUUAUAUGAUGAUAUACUGUAUGCAGAAUAGAAUAGAAAUGAGGACAGAAUGCAAAGACCACUUUCCAUAGAAGUUUCCCUUAUAGCACCUGUAAUUAGACUUACGUAUUAGACUCUUUCUAAGUGGAAACUUUUUUAAACAUCUAUUUGCUUUUGUCCUUCUGUGAAGUGUACUGAAUUUCUUCUGAAGUUGAAUCAUGGGAAGGGUUGUUUUGACCAAGGGGCCAUAUUGUGGAGCCUUCUGUUUUGUAAACAUUUGAAAUAAAAAAAAUUCUAUAUUUUAA